GGUGUGUUAACCCGGUCACAAUGUAGCGAAGUUGUGGAGGGUUUUCUCGGUUGCCAUGGAUUUCUAAAAGCUAUUGACUGCGUUUAGCCUUUCACUGAAUGUAUUUGUUGGAGAAACGCACCACUGAGGGAAAAGCAUCAUCACUCGAGACAUUCUGGUGUAGCGCGCGCUGACUAUCAACUCGAGCUCUCCGAUCUUCGCCCACAAACUACAGCGAAAGGUAUCAAGACACCAGCUCGUGUUGGAGUGAGAUGCACUGACUCGUUGAAAACUGCAGCAUUCCCUGUCGUCCUUGCUCACCUCCGAGGCUGUGGCCAGUCAUGCGGUCAUUACGGAAAGUCCUCCUACUUUUGGGCGCUUGCCUUAAUAUGAGCUGCAGGUAUCAAACUAAUGCCCUGGAUAUUCCAUUUGAUGUUUUAGCACGCAUGAACAUGGAGCAGCUUCCCACAAUUACAGAGCAGUCUCCUGCUUCUGUGAUCGCCUUCUCUUUCGAAGAGAGCUUCCCGGUGAAGUGCGAGGCCACAGGAAACCCCAGACCAGAAUUCAAGUGGACAAAGAAUGGUCAAGACUUUGAUCCGUAUCUGGACCCCAGAUUGAUAACGUUAGAUGAUUCCGGAACAUUCACCAUUCCCAAUAAUGGGAAUCUCACAGAAUUCCAGGGCAAUUAUCGCUGCUUUGCGACCAACAAGUUAGGAACGGCCAUGUCGGAAGAGAUUGAAUUCAUUGUUCCCAAUGUUCCGAAGUUCCCUAAAGAGAUCAUUGAUCCCAUCGAGGUUAUGGAAGGUCAGUCAGUCAUUCUGGAGUGCAACCCACCUAAAGGAAUUCCCCCACUGCAAAUCUACUGGAUGACAAUAGGUCUACAGCACAUCGAGCUGGAUGAAAGAGUAUCAUUGGGUCUGAAUGGGAACCUGUACUUCUCAAACGCCAUUGAGACUGACAGCCGCAGAGACUACAGCUGCUUUGCUGCCUUCCCGCUCAUACGAACCAUCGUCCAGAAAACUGCCAUGUCCGUCGUGGUCAAAAACAACAAGUUAAUGAAGGACUCAGUGUCUGGUAGCGGCAGAGGUUAUGCAAACUCUCUUUUGGAGAGGAAGCCCCGUCUACUGGUGCCCACAGGAUUAGAGUCACAUACACGUCUGGUGAAAGGCGAAGUUCUUCAGUUGGAGUGCAUUGCAGAGGGGUUCCCCACACCAAAGGUGGAGUGGGUUAAAAUAGGCUUCAACAAUCUUCCAGAAAGGGUCGUGGUGGAGCGUCAUGGGAAGUUGCUCACCGUAGAGAUGGUAAAUGAGGAGGACGAUGGGAAAUAUAUGUGCAGAGCCAAAAAUCCUCAUGGAGAGGUUGUGCAUUAUUUUCAUGUUACAGUAGAGGAGCCUCCUGAGUUUGAGAUUGAACCUCAAAGCCAGUUAGGGACGAUUGGAGCUGAUGUGGUGAUCAAGUGUGUCGUGAAAGGAAAUCCUAAACCUAGUGUUGCAUGGAGAGUCAACGGCCGACCGUUGAACGAGGUCCCAGUCCCCAACAGGAAAAUCUUGAAAGAUGGCACCAUUUCCAUCCACAACGCAAACCCAGAAAACAGCGCUGUUUACCAGUGUGAGGCCGCUAACAAACACGGCACCAUCCUAGCCAAUGCCAACAUCAUGAUUAUGAACAUCCAGCCCCUGAUCUUAACAGAAAAUAAUCUGCAAUAUAUGGCAGUGGAGGGGAAAGGUGUGGUCAUGCACUGUAAGGUCUUCAGCUCGCCAACCGCCAGUAUUACGUGGAGUAAAGCUGACAGUGUCAAUGCAGUGGAAGGAGAAAGGUUUUAUGUUCAUCGGAAUGGUUCGCUGGAGAUCCACAGCGUGAUGAAAGAGGACAUGGGGGAGUAUUCUUGUUUCGCUCAAAAUACCGAGGGCAAAGUUGCCAUUGCUGCAACAUUUGAAGUCAAAGAUCCCACCAGAAUAGUCGAUCCUCCACGUGAUUUGCGGGUUUUGUUUGGAACCACUAUCCAGUUUUCAUGCCAGGCAGAGUCCGACCCUUCCUUCGGUGAUGACUUUGAGAUCCUUUGGGAAAAAGAUGGCAUGGCCCUCAACGGCAGCGAGAACGCAAGAUAUAUCCUGGACGGUGGAGUGCUUGAGAUCAUUAAUGUGAGCUUUGGAGACCAGGGCUUAUACGUCUGUGUGGCCAGAACACCGGUUGACCAAGACAUGGCGGUUGCGCAGCUUUCAGUUGUGGAUGUUCCUGAUCCACCAGAGGAUGUGAUCCUGUCUGAACAUAAUGGGAGAAGUGUGAAAGUGCAGUGGAUUCCAGGAGAUGACCAUAACAGCUCCAUUACUGAGUUUGUUAUUGAGUUUGAGGAAAGCCAACAUGAGCCGGGCAGCUGGAGAGAGAUUACGAGAAUACCUGGAAACCAUCAUUCCGCUCUGCUGAAGCUUCAUGGACAUGUGGACUACCGUUUUAGAGUCUCCGCCAUCAAUGAGGUCGGAAGAGGUUUACCAAGCCGGACCACUGAAAGAUACAAAACUCCAGCUUCAGCCCCCGACAAGAACCCAGAAAAUAUCAAGAUCGAAGGUCAUUUGCCACAUGAAAUGGAUAUCAACUGGGAGCCAUUGUCACCUAUUGAGCACAACGGGCCUGGUCUGGAGUACAAAGUAAGCUACAGAAGACAAGGCAGCGGAGAGGACUGGAUGGAGCACAUUGUGAAGAGGCAUUCGUUUGUGGUUAAAAACACCCCGACGUUCGUCCUUUACGAGAUCAAAAUUCAAUCCAAGAACCACGCGGGCUGGGGUCCGGACCCCAAAAUAAUAACAGCAUACUCAGGAGAGGAUUUCCCCUCAGCAGCUCCAGAGGAUGUUGCCGUAGAAGUGAUGAACAACACCAUGGUGAAGGUCAGAUGGGACCAUGUUCACAAGGACAAACUCCAUGGACAUCUGGGGGGCUACAGGGUAAGCUGGUGGAGGCUUCGUAGUCUGCUGGACUCAAAGAAAACACACGGCGACAAACACACGGCGACGUUCUCAGGCGAGAGGAACCAUGCGGUGGUCACAGGGCUAAUGCCUUUCUCAGAAUACAGCCUCAUUGUCAUGGCCUUUAACAGUAGAGGAAACGGGCCGGGCAGUCAUUCGGUCAGCUUCAAGACCCCUGAGGGAGUACCCGGUCAACCAGCUGCUUUCAGCGUUUCAAACGUCCAGAAAAACAAGGUCACCUUGACCUGGUCUCCUCCGGUUGACGCAAAUGGAGUCCUAAUCGGCUACAUCCUGCAAUAUCAGCUAAUAAAUGACACAGAGGAACUAGGUCCUCUGAUGACCCUGAACAUCUCUACUGAUAGCAAUAAGCAGCACCUCCAGGACCUGGAAGCACUGAGCAAAUACAAGUUUUACCUACGGUGUUGCACGCGGGUGGGUUGCGGACCAGCUGUCAGUGAGGAGCGCACCACUGUCCCCGAAGCAACUGUGUUGAAUAUUAGCACCUCAGUUAGUCACAACUUUGCAAAUAUCAGCUGGAUUCCUGGCACAGAACAGACGGAGUCAGAGUUAUAUGUUGCCUUUAUGAACAACCGUGAAGGUAACUGGAAGAUAUCCGAUGCGCUAAACUCUUCUAAGACUUUCCACAUCAUUGAAGGGCUCGAACCUGGGACUGAAUACACAGUGCGUCUUAUGACUAAAAGCUGGGUUGAUAAUUCUAGUAUUUUUGAAGACGUUAUCAAGACCAGGGCCAAAGGUCUGGCCAGUAUUCAUGGAGGCAUCUCCAACCAGGGCUGGUUCAUCGGGCUCAUGUGCGCCAUAGCUCUGCUCACUCUCUCGGUGCUCAUAGCCUGCUUUGUGAACCGAAACAAAGGCGGAAAGUACUCAGUGAAAGAGAAAGAAGACAUGCACCCCGAUUUGGAGUCCCAGGGUAUGAAUGAUGAUACCUUCUGUGAAUACAGCGAUAAUGAUGAGAAACCACUGAAAAGCAGCCAGCAUUCGUUGAAUGGUGACUUGAAAGGAGGAGACUGUGGAGACAGCAUGGCGGAAUACGGCGACGAGGACACGCACUUCAACGAGGACGGCUCUUUUAUCGGAGAAUACUCUGGACGCAAGGCGAGGGUCUCCAUGGAAAUCAAGGGAAACAAUCAGAGCACUGCGUAAUGGACCACGGACAAUUUAUUUGUUGGACAAGCACUCACAAAAGGUCAGUCAAAAGGAAGAGGAAGGGAAAAGGCACAGCAUAACGGCACCCGAAGGACAUUUUUUUUAAUUAAUGUGUUAUUGUCAAACUCUCAGUCAUACUCACAUAAUUUUACAAGGCUUAGUUUGUUUUGCGUGCUGUAACUGAUCCAUCAUGCAAGUUGUGUAUACUUUUGUGAGGUGUUUUUGUAUGGAAUCUUUGCAAAUCAUUGGCGACCAUCGAGCUGCCAGAAGGUUUGCUGUUUUUUUUUUUUUGUUUUUUUUUUUUUGUAAAUGCAACCUCUCCAAGAAGAUAAACACUGUUUUCUGUGUCAUCAUGUAGCCAAGCAAGUUUUGUGUCAGGGUAUGAACUUAUUAUUUUUAUUUGGAGGCAAAUAUUAUUGAUAUUUUAUAUUUCAGAUACUGUAUACUUGUGUAUUCAUUAAAUGUGGGUUAUUAUGUGUGUGAAGGAGUUGUUGCUUAAAUAAUCAUAAUUUCCAAAAAGCGUAAGGCAACAUAAGGGUUGACUCACAAUUAGUCUCACACGCUUUGUUGAACAUUUUCGCAUUGAACUGAUUAUAAUUAACGGUUCGGGCUAUACUAACAAGCUGCAUGGCCACAAUCAGUACCACAUAAACCCUACAGUGAGUCUGCUGCUGUUAGCCUGCUAGCCAUAUUUCAGUAUAUUAUCAAAUAAGCUCAUACUCGAUGUUCAUACGUUAAAAUAAACGCCUCUUUUGCCUUAGAAUGACCUUGAUGUUCUGGUAAGUAUGAUGUAACAAAUCACAUCAUCAUUGAAUUCCGUGAUACAGGGUUGAAAUUCCAAAAUUCCGCAUUGGCAUUAAAUCCAAUGAAGUAGUUUUAUUCAUAAACGAACAAUUCAGAAAACGCAGUUGUGUUCAUGUUUAAGUAUGUUUUUUUUUUUUUUUUUUUUUGGAAUGUCUCCACAUCAAGUCAAACCCAGAAUCUGUACAAUGUGUCUGUAAAUUCUGUUUGCAUGUUUAAGGAUUUUGAAUGAGGUUUGUGUGCAGAUUUGACAUUAAAUUGUAUCAUUUUUUUCUUCA